GCCCCAUCUGUUUUCCCCAGCGGUGAGAUGAUUAUAUUGUAUGGUACUGGGGGCGGCCGUAGCCGCAGCCGCAGGAUGGGGCGCGCGCGCGGACCCCGUCGGCAGCCGGAGCAGCAGACGCCUCAGUAACUCGGGCCCCCGAGCCGCCGCCCCCCGCCCGGGUCGCCCGCCCUCAGCUCAUGCACUCGCCGAGCGGCGGCAGCAGCGGGAGUAACAGCCGCCGCCGCAGCCGCCGCCACCCCCGCCCGAGAAGCUGAGGCGCUGAGGCGCUGCGACGCGGCGGGAGUCCGAGGCGGGCGGGCGAGCGGUGCGCGGGCAGCGUGGGGCCGCCGAGGCGCGCUUGGGGUUCGGGGCCGCCGCCGCCACCGCCGCGCCUGGGAGAUGUGCCCGGAGGAGGGCGGCGCGGCCGGGCUGGGCGAGCUCCGCUCCUGGUGGGAAGUCCCGGCCAUCGCGCACUUCUGCUCGCUCUUUCGCACCGCGUUCCGUCUGCCCGACUUUGAGAUCGAGGAGUUAGAAGCAGCUCUUCACAGAGAUGAUGUAGAGUUUAUCAGUGACCUGAUUGCCUGCCUGCUUCAGGGCUGCUAUCAACGAAGGGAUAUCACGCCUCAGACAUUCCACAGCUACCUAGAGGACAUCAUCAACUACCGCUGGGAGCUUGAAGAAGGGAAGCCUAACCCUUUGAGAGAAGCCAGUUUCCAAGACCUGCCCCUUCGUACUCGUGUGGAAAUCCUGCACCGCCUCUGUGAUUAUCGGCUAGAUGCAGAUGAUGUCUUCGAUCUUCUCAAGGGUUUGGAUGCAGACAGUCUCCGUGUGGAACCAUUGGGCGAAGACAAUUCAGGGGCACUCUAUUGGUAUUUCUAUGGAACACGAAUGUAUAAGGAGGACCCGGUGCAAGGAAAAUCCAAUGGAGAACUCUCAUUGAGCAGGGAAAGUGAAAGACAAAAAAAUGUCUCUGCUGUUCCUGGGAAAACAGGAAAAAGAAGAGGAAGACCUCCAAAACGGAAGAAACUACAGGAGGAAAUUUUAGUGAAUGAAAAGCAGGAAGAAAACUCCUUGGCAUCUGAACCACAGACAAGAAAUGGGUCCCAAGGGCCAGGUCAAGGCACUUGGUGGCUCCUGUGCCAAACAGAAGAAGAAUGGAGACAGGUCACUGAGAGUUUUCGGGAGAGGACCUCCCUUCGAGAACGGCAGCUCUAUAAGCUCCUCAGUGAGGACUUCCUGCCUGAGAUCUGCAAUAUGAUUGCCCAGAAGGGAAAGCGUCCACAGCGCACAAAGGCAGAGUUGCAACCUAGGUGGAUGUCUCACCACCUGUCCGUCAAAUCCAUCAAGAGAGAGGAGACCCCUGUGCUUACCAGAAUAGAAAAACAGAAGCGCAAAGAGGAGGAAGAAGAACGUCAAAUUCUUCUCGCAGUGCAGAAGAAGGAGCAGGAGCAGAUGUUAAAGGAAGAGAGAAAACGAGAGCUGGAGGAAAAGGUCAAGGCUGUAGAAGAUCGAGCAAAGAGGAGAAAGCUCAGGGAAGAAAGGGCAUGGCUGCUGGCCCAAGGGAAGGAGCUCCCCCCAGAACUUUCCCAUCUGGACCCUAGUUCCCCCAUGAGAGAAGAAAAAAAGACUAAAGACCUCUUUGAGUUGGAUGAUGAUUUCACUGCCAUGUAUAAAGUUCUAGAUGUGGUAAAGGCUCACAAGGAUUCCUGGCCCUUUUUAGAACCUGUGGAUGAAUCCUAUGCCCCAAACUAUUACCAGAUUAUUAAGGUCCCCAUGGAUAUUUCAAGCAUGGAGAAGAAACUGAACGGAGGUUUAUACUGUACCAAGGAGGAAUUUGUAAAUGACAUGAAGACUAUGUUCAGGAAUUGUCGAAAAUAUAAUGGGGAAAGUAGUGAAUAUACCAAGAUGUCUGAUAAUUUAGAGAGAUGUUUCCAUCGGGCAAUGAUGAAGCAUUUUCCUGGUGAAGAUGGAGACACAGAUGAAGAAUUUUGGAUCAGAGAGGAUGAAAAGCGAGAGAAAAGGCGGAGCCGGGCUGGACGAAGCGGUGGAAGCCAUGUUUGGACCCGCUCCAGGGACUCUGAAGGGCCCAGCAAGAAACAGCAGCCUGUGGAGAAUGGAGGAAAGUCCUUGCCGCCUGCCCGCAGAACUUCCUCUUCUGGGGAUAAUCAAAGUAGCAGUUCCACACAACUCCCUCGGGAGCUGGGCACCUCAAAUGGCCGAGGCUUUUCUCGUCCCCUACAUUAUGGUGGGAUGCCUAACCAGGCACCCCUUUUAAACCAGAUGAGGCCAGCAGUACCAGGAACAUUUGGCCCUCUUCGAGGAUCAGAUCCUGCCAAUUUAUAUGUCUCCUCUAGGGUCCCAGAACCACACCCUGGAGAACCUAUGCAGCAGCAUCAGCCUUUUGCCGUGCAGCCUCCUGUUGGAAUUAACAACCACCGAGGACCCAGGCUAGGCACUCCAGAGGAGAAGCAAGUGUGUGGGGGGCUGACACACCUCAGUAAUGUGGGAUCACAUUCUGGAUCUUUGCAGCUUAGACAGAUGGGUGGCACUAGUCAGGAUGGCAAUAUUUAUCCCCCGACUCAAUUCCAGUCAGGAUUUAUUCCUCCGAGGCAUGGUGGGGCUCCAGCCCGACCCCCAGACUUUCCUGAAAGCUCAGAAAUUCCUCCUCCCAGCCACAUGUACCGAUCGUACAAGUAUCUGAAUCGAGUACACACCGCUGUCUGGAAUGGAAACCAUGGUGCUACAAACACAGGACCCUUGGGCACAGAUGAGAAGCCCCCCAUGGGGCCAGGACCCUCUCACCAGCCUCGAGCUCUUGGUCAUAUGAUGGAUUCCCGAGUGAUGAGACCUGCUCUUCCCCCAAACCAGUGGACUGAACAAUCAAGUUUUCUACCUCAUGGAGUUGCUUCUUCAGGGUAUAUGCGACCACCCUGUAAAUCUGGUGGACAUCGGUUACAGCCACCUCCAGCCCCAACACCAAGUUCUCUUUUUGGAGCACCUUCCCAUGCUCUGCGGGGGGUGCAAGGAGGGGACUCCAUGAUGGACAGCCCAGAGAUGAUUGCCAUGCAGCAGCUCUCUUCCCGAGUUUGCCCACCAGGUGUGCCUUACCACCCCCAACAGCCUACACCCCCCCAUUUAUCUGGCCCUUUUUCACAGGUAGCUCACUCGACAUCAGUAAGUGUGUCAGCCCCCAAGCCUACCUUGGGGAACCCUGGCAGGACACAGGAUAGCAGUGAAACACAAGAGCCUGAGAAUGACCGAGCAGAUCCCUUGACUGGGCUUGAGGAGAAACCACCAAACAUGGGUGCUUCAGAGGGGAUGUACCUCAAACAGCUACCUCACCCUACACCUCCCUUGCAGACUGACUGUACCAGGCAGAGCUCACCACAAGAAAGGGAAACAGAGGGCCCAGAGCUCAAAAGCAACUCCUCAGAAUCUGGCGACAACUGGAAGGCAACAAAGAGCAAGAACACAUGGCCCACAGAGAGUGGCUCUACCAGUCCAGCCUCUCAGGGGUGUAUGCAAGACCUCUCCACUCUGGCAGAGAGAGUGGCUCUCCCCGAAAACGGACUGAUUGUUGAAGCAUCCCCUUGUGGCUCAGAAGGGAAAGGCCUUGGUGGUAGUGGUUCAGAAAAGCCACUCUGCCCCAAAGGCAAAGUGCUACCAGAAACCAUCCCAUGUACAAGGCAGAACCCAGCCACACCUCCCAACACAGACCCCAGUCUGAUGGGAGGCGCUGUAAGCCAGUUUUCCCCCUUGUACAUGCCUGGCCUGGAAUACCCAAAUUCAGCUACACAUUACCACAUCAGUCCAGGCCUGCAAGGUUUGGGCCCUGUGAUGGGAAGUAAACCCUCAGUGUCCCAUCCUCAGCAUUUCCCCCCUAGGGGCUUUCAGUCUAACAACCCUCAUUCUGGAGUCUUUCCCCAGUAUCGCCCCCACCAAGCAAUGAGGUAUUCCUACCAGUCACCACCUCAGCCUUCCUACCAUCACUAUCAGCGAACUCCUUAUUAUCCGUGUCCACAGGGCUUUUCUGACUGGCAGAGACAUCUUCAUCCCCCAGGAAGUCCAAGUGGGCUCCCACCACCUAAUCCAGCCCCCCCAUCAAGGCCCCUCUUCUCAGAUAAGAGCACCUUGACUAAUCUGCAAGGCUGUGAUACACUGAAUGCUGCCUUAACUUCCCCAACCCAAAUGGAUGCAGUGGCUGCUAAAGUAGUCUCAACUGAUGGGCAGAAUCCCGGUCCAGAGGAAGACAAGCUAGAUGAAUCUGUAGAGAGGCCAGAGAGUCCCAAAGAGUUUUUAGACCUGGACAACCAUAACGCAGCUACCAAGCGGCAAAGCUCAUUGUCAGCAAGCGAGUAUCUUUAUGGAACUCCUCCUCCACCUCUGAGUUCAGGGAUGGGAUUUGGUUCAUCAACUUUCCAGCCUCAUGGCGUGAUGCUACAGACGGGGCCUCCUUACACACCUCAGAGGCCCACCAGUCAUUUCCAGCCCAGGGCUUACACUUCCCCCGUGACUGCUCAACCGCCUCACCAUCCAGUGGCUGCCCAGCCCAACGGCCUCUCUCAGGAAGGCCCCAUCUAUCGCUGCCAAGAAGAGGGCCUGGGUCACUUUCAAGCUGUAAUGAUGGAACAAAUUGGCACUGGAAGUGGAAUAAGGGGACCUUUCCAGGAAAUGUACAGACCAUCAGGAAUGCAAAUGCAUCCAGGCCAGUCACAGUCCUCGUUCCCAAAGACCCCAGCACCAGCAGCGUCCCAGGAAGAGCUUCCACCACAUAAGCCCCCCACACUUCCUCUCGAUCAGAGCUAGUCCAAGGAGGAAAUAAACCCCAAGGAAACAGAAAGCUGCACAUGAAGACUGGAACAUGGAGAAUUUAGGGAAACGAUCCCUGCCCAUCUCUAUUCCUGUUACCCUGCCACACCCCUUCAUAGGGCAUCCCAUCUCGCCGUCCAAGAGCUGGAGCCUUUCCUGGAGCCUUAGAAGCAUACUCCUUAGACUAACACCAGCUUGUAAAGGUCCUUGGUUGGGGAUCCCUCGUUUGGCUGAUGGUCAAGAACAAAUGAACUGAAAUUAGUCAUGGCUGUUCUAAGUCCUGAGACUCUCGUUCAGGGAAAAUCAUCUUAAACUUGGGGGAGGGGGUCACACUUAAGAAUGGAGUGGUGCUUCUGAACUUUCAUGAGCAGCUAAACUCAGGUAUAUAUUUGGGGAAGGGACUUCUCUUAGUAUUCAUGUGUUUGGAGCUGGGUCCAGUUUACAGAAUUUUCAUGUUGCCUUUUAAAAAUAAUUUUUGUUGUUAGUGGUGAAUGUAUUGUA